AUGUCAAUUGCACAACAACCUGUCUCCAUUGGAGAACGAAAAACAGACAAUUUCUUGCUGAGGCUAUCGAAACUGUCUCAGGAACGAAUUGGUCACUCGCAAAUGUUAGGAGGCGAAAAACUGGAAGCUGCUGGCCGGUCUAGAGAUGGUCCCCCACCUAAACCGCCUAGGCCAGUGAAGUUGGGCUCUUUGGGGACAGUUGGGGAGAACAAUAAUGCCCAACCAAACAAUGUUGCUCUAAAAGGAGUCAAAAAACAAGUUUCUCAGAGAAAAAUGAGUGCAAUAUCGAUUCUGGGACAGGAGAACGAUGUUGCGCCUAAACUUCCGCCUCGGCCGGCAAAACCGACUAGUCUCUUAACAUCAAAUUCUGCACUUCGCGAUAACGGGAUUCAGACGCAAAGUAAAAUACCUGAGACGACGCUAGCUCACAUUGAAUUCGAGUUGCCGACAUAUGUAGCACGAUCAAAUGGAAGCGAUGUACUGAGUACAACGAAAGAAAAUUUGAGAAAGAGUAUUCCACCUCCUAAGCCAGCGAAGAUUCCCCUUCCGAGUAUGGAAAAACAGGGCUUUCACAGAGCUACGGCCGCAGGGAAUGCGCCUCUCAAGCCGACAAAACCAGCCUUUGGGUCCAAUGGCGUUUCUAUGCUGAAAAACAUCCCACUCCAAAUGCAGCCAGCUCUCAAACCAACUGUGAGAACCAAAACUCCGACUGAGCUGAAGAAGCCAACGAGCCCAAAACCAGCGAAGCCACAGAAGCCAUCCACAAUACAUUCAGCUCAAGCAAAUGAAAUCAUAACGCAUAGGGAUUCAAACAAUUCUGAGAGCAAUCUGGAGAUAACCCCCAAAUCAAAUUUGAAUUCGCAUUCGAUUUUGGCAAAGCCUCAGAAUAAACCCAUCAAGCCUAUCAAACCCACAACGUCACAAGCGGCGCAAUUACAACGAGCACCGACAAAACCAGCCUUAGAAAGACCGACAAAAUCACGACCAACACAAUCACCACAGGCGCAGACUACUCAGCCCUCCAGUCUCGACUUUCGUGCCACUCUCUCAUCAGUAAUUCGUGCUCAAACCUUGCCACAAUUUGGCACCCCAAAAGCUCCAGAGCCAAUUGUAAGAGCACAAACUGUCUCUUCAACUUCUUCCUCAAAGCCCGAAAAGCUUACUCAUCCUAAUAAGGCGCGUUCCAAGGGUCCCAAGAGGAGACUUCCUAACCAAAAGGCCAAAGCUCAGGUGCAUGAAAAAACUGGCGCAAAGAAAAACUCGAACUCCGAAAAUCCCGGCCUUUCCCCUGAUAUCAUUGAAUCUCCAACCAAUGGCGUUACUCUCACCGCUGAUCCUCACCAUUUGCACCCAGUAAAAGAACGCAAAGUUCCGCCACCAAAAGCAAAGAAACCCACUUUUCACUAA